AUGGCUGACACUGAAAGCAAGCCCGAGGUCGCAGAGUCGUCAAAAGGCGCUGAGGAAGAAAAGGAAGAGGUUGCAGAGCGCGCAAAGUUGUUUCGAUUUGACAAACCUUUGAAGGAAUGGAAAGAACGCGGUACUGGUGACGUUCGCUUUCUUCAACAUAAACAAACUCGUAAAAUUCGUUUGCUGAUGCGAAGAGAUAAAACGCACAAAGUUUGUGCAAAUCACUACAUCACACCCGAAAUGAAGCUUUCACCCAACGUCGGAUCUGAUCGCUCUUGGGUUUGGAAUGUUACUGCCGAUGUGUCCGAUGGAGAACCAAGGGCGGAAACUUUGGCUAUUAGAUUCGCCAAUCCUGAAAACGCUAAUUUGUUCAAAGAAAAAUUCAUCGAGGUUCAAAAGAUAAACGUUGAACUUUCAAAGAAAACUGAAACUACUGAUGAAGCAAGUGAAACUCCCGUCACAUCAAACGAAUCAAAAGAAACAGAAGAGGAACAAAAAAACUAA